AUGUUAGCAAAGCAAAUUGCAAUCUCGGUUGUUAUCGACUCACUCGGCUUUUAUUCCAGGUCGAACGAAAUCGGUGAUACUUCCAACGAUAACGAAGGCAAAAUCGACCUGUAUCGUCUGCAGUUUUUCAGUCCGGCGGAGCACGUACCAUCUGAAAUGACGACGAAAAGUUUGCUCAACCCGGUUAAUCGUUUGGACACAACACUAAUGAACACGGCACACCGCGUCGAACUGCCCAUGAUCUGUUCUCAGAAACAAAGUGAG